ACUAAAGUUAUAUGUAUACAAAUUCUCAACACACACCUUAUGCCUAUUAGUGAACAUAUAGAGGGUCAUAUGAGUGGUCUUAUUUUUCCCUUUUGUGAUCUAUCAUCCAAGUAUUCAACCAUAGCUGACAUUAUUUGGGAAUCUUACUUGAAAAUGAAUUUAUUUGCAUACUAGAAGACACAUGUUUAUUACAAUCAUAUGCUAAAGGUUGGAGGAUUAUUUCCAAGUAGCUAUAGUUUAUGUCUUUUUUCUUCCCUCAAUUUCUUCAACCUUGCAGAGGUUUUCGCUAGGGAUGGGGUGUCGUUUUCAACUACUUGUGAAAAUCUUCUCCCUGGACCUUGGAUAAUUGAUGACCUUGAUACUUUAAAAUUAAAAUGGAGCAACAACUCCGGGAAGAAGGUUAUCAUAUUUGUUGAUAACUAUGGUGGAGAUAUUAUUUUAGGUGAUCAACUUGCAAUAGCAAAGGAAACAGGAAGGCGUCUAGGGAUGGGGACUAACAUGUAUCCUUCUUCAUCAUUGCUUGGUGACAAUAAAGAUCAAUUAGGUGCUAUCUCUAUUGAUGAUCUCAUUGAGAAUUCUCAACUAAACAAGGACAAUUCAUCCAUAAUCAUUGGAUUAUAAAUAGCCUUGGACGAUUGUUUCGAUCUGCAAUUACUACUCAUUCUCUAACUUCUUUUCGCCUUCCUUACAAACAUUUCCUUACGAACAUAAUUUGUAAAAUGACAGGAGUAGAGCAAACUAAAAAUAUAGCUUUGUAUACAUGUUUAACAAAUAUAGUCUGUUGUUAAUACAUUUUUUCUUUCCACCAAUAAA